GGAUAUUUUACGGGUAGAACGUAUAGGCAGGUCAGUCUAUCGAUCUCUUCGUAUAGAAAUAUCUCGGCAAGCUGAGCAAUUUGUUUUCAACGGAUUGAAAAAUGUCGGCACCACCUGCAAGUCCAUCUAUUCUUGGGGCUUCCUUGAAAGGAAAAGUGGCCCUUAUUACUGGAGCUAGCUCGGGUAUUGGAGCAGGGGUGGCCCGCUAUUUUGCUUCUGUUGGAUGUCGACUAGCAUUGACAGGUCGGAACAUGGAUAAUCUUCAAGCAGUUGUUGAAGAAUGUAUCGAGAGAGGUCUCGAUAGAGAUCAGAUCUUGACAAUUCAGGCAAACUUUGAGAUUGAAAGCGAUGUGAAGAAAACUGCAGACCAAACCAUACAGAAGUUCAACCAGCUUGAUAUUUUGGUCAACAACGCAGGAACUGCUUUCUUGGAUACGAUAGAGACGCUAUCAAUGGAAAAUUUUGAUACAACAUUUGCAGUAAAUGUCAGAGCACCCCUACAUCUAACCCAUCUUCUAACUCCGUACUUGAUUGCGUCAAAAGGCACUGUUGUUAAUAAUUCUAGCGUUUAUGGAAUCAGAUCUCCGCCGAUGACGUUAAGCUACGGUGUAAGUAAGACAGCAUUGAAUCACAUGACAAGGUGUAUCGCUGAAGAAUUGGCACCUCAUGGAGUCAGAGUUAAUGCAGUAAACCCUGGUGUAAUUCCUACUAAAAUGGCGGCGCGGGCAGGACUUUCAGAUGAGCAAGUCCAAGAGACCUUGGAGUUCCAUAAGAAAACUCAUGCCAUGCGCAGAACUGGGACUGUUGAAGAAGUGGCUAAACUCAUUGCAUUUCUCGCAUCCAGUGACUCGUCCUUUACCACCGGGGAAAAUUUCCUGACAGAUGGAGGGAAUCAUCUCUUAGUAACCACCCUUGAUUAGUAGAGAUUGUUGUUCUCUCCAUUAUCAGCAUUUAACGGGAAUCCAACCCAAAUAAAAAAGAGGUUUUAGAAAAAAAAACAAAAAAUCAGAGAAGUAGAUAUGUGAAAGUUUGUUCAAUACCGGACAAUCAGUAGGAAAUUAUCAUUUUUUAAAUUAAAAAAAUGAUAAUCACUGUAUCACUGGAGACUUAAAAUUGGCUGCAUAAUGAGAUGUCAUAGUGAUGUAGGGCAAGGACUACUCUUUCUAUUUGCUCCGAUGCAUAAAAUGGCUAAAAUGUCACAUUUCUACAAAAGUUUCAUUUCAAAUUAUAAUCAUUUUUGUUUCAUGAGAACAUGCUACUUUGAUUGAUUAUAAUACGAGAAAACUACAAUUCCCCGAUUAAGUGACCUAUAUGGAUUGUUAUCUACCCAGUUGCUGAUUUGAAAUUUACAUAGUCUUGGGGAUGUUAAUUGUAAAGAUCAGCCCACCUCAGAAAAAUGUUGAUUUGAAUCAAUAUAGAAAAAUCACACAGCAUAGCUUUAAAAUUUUAACAAAAUUGAAUGUAAAAUAAGACUUAUGACAUUAUAAAGUUUCGCUAUUUUUUAUACGAAAUAAUGCACAACUCGAUGAUAUGCAAAUGAGAAGGUAGAUGAUGUGUCCCAUUCACUUUUUUCUUUUGUUCUUUAUUGUUUUAAGUUAUAGUUUUCAAGUUUACAGAUUUGACAAUAAUGACCAACUUGGCUGACCCAAAAUUGUUAAAACAAUGGUAAUUCCGCAUGUAUAGGGAGGAAUGAAAUUUUGUUUCACGUGACAGUGAGCAAAUGAGUACCGAGUAGAAAAUUAAAAUAUUUCAUAUAGAGUUAUGCAAAAGAAAUAGUGAGUGAGUGCUGUCAUCAGUCCCUAGCUCAUUCGCAUACGGUCCAAGAUGUGAAAUUAAGGAAACUUUAGAAUCUUAGAACUUUUUUUAUUUCACAUCCGAUUUGAUAAAAAAAUUUAGUGUGUCGGAUUUUUCUCGUUUUACUCAAAUCCACUUUUACAGUGUUAUAGUUGGAGUGGACUUGUCAAUUAAAACAGCCAUGCCUUUCUUA